AUGGGACUUCCGGUUCAAGAUGGCGGCGCCACGCACGGCUCCAAGUCCAGAUUGCAUCUACUAGGGCUUUGGUAUAUCUAUGGGCGGAAUGGCAGUUCCGUGCAGUCAGUGUUGCCAGAAAAAAACAGAAAAAGGCACCAGAUGGACUCCUCGAGAUCACCCAGAAGCUCCAAGCACCACCAUUCGCGCUCAAGGUCACGCUCCAGGGACAGAAAAAGGAACAGGAAGCACAGGCGGAGUCGCAGUCGGAGCAAAGAGGCACGGAAGCGAGAGCCAGAGAAGAUGUCCAAAUCGCACAAGCCGGCGGACGAACGCCACGACAGGCUCUCGGCCGACGAUGGCGAUGAGCGCUCGCGCCGCAGAGAGCGGAAGUCCCCUGCCGGCUCCUCUCGAGAGCGGCGGCGCAGCAGCAGGAGUCGAGACAGGCGACGCUCCUCACGAUCACACAGUCGUGACAGGAAAAGGAGGGCCCGUUCGCGCUCCAGGUCCAGGUCUAGGUCCAAACAUCGCCAUCGUAGCAGGAGCCGCAGCAGGAGCCGUAGCAGAAGCAGGGAGCGAAAGAAAAAGAGUGAAAAGGUACGCAAAAGGAGUCGGAGUGGCUCCGCCGAUUUGCCCGUCUUCAGGGGGAGAAACACGGCCAUGGACGCGCAAGAGGCCCUCGCCCGAAGGUUAGAGCGAGCCAAAAAGUUCCAGGAACAGAAGGAGAAGGAGUUGCUGGAAAAAAGUCAGCAAGACAUUAUCGGAGCGAGCUCUCCGGCGGCCGCCCCGAAUACCAUCUCGACGGCCACAGCCGCCGCCUCCAACCACGCCCUCAACGUGGCGGCUCUGCUGGCGUCAGGCACGCAGGUGACGCCGCAGAUCGCCAUGGCGGCGCAGAUGGCGGCCUUGCAGGCCAGGACAUUGGCCGAGACGGGCGUGGCCGUGCCCAGCUACUACAACCCGUCCGCCGUCAACCCCUCCAAGUUCGCCGAACAAGAGAAGAAGCGCAAGAAGCUGUGGCAGGGCAAGAAGGACGGGGACAAAUCCCAGACGGCAGAGUUGUGGGAGAGUCUCAACUUUGGCAACAAGGACCAAAAUGUGAAAUUUCGCAAACUGAUGGGCAUCAAGGAUGACGAGGAGGGGGAAGCAUCGAAAGCGCCAAAUGACGAAGGGCUGAAGACCCUCCAGAAGCAGGAGGAGAUGUUCCGCAACCUUGACGUCCAGUACGAGAUGGCUCGAUCGCAGACGCACACACAGCGCGGCAUGGGCCUGGGCUUUUCCUCCGCUUUUUCCCGUGGAAUGGAUUCCGUCUAG